AUGAAUUCUAUUCGCCAACUUCUGUUUUUCGUCUUUUUCUAUUUUAAGACGGUUUCUUCUGAUUUCUCGCCAAGCUUUAAUAAAUUUUUGAUUGAUAAUUACGGAAAAGGAAUCAACGAUUUAUUGGCAAGAAGAGAUAUUGGACCCCAUGGAAGUUAUGGUGGAGGUACACAUGAUGGAAGUACAAGGACCAGUAAACAAGCCGUAGUGCUUGUCCACGGGAUCACAAAUACAGCCGGUACAUUCCAAGGACACCGUCAUCAUCUUCUGAAUGCUGGCUGGAGCGAUGAACUGGUGAGAUACAUGAUUCAAGUGGUUGCUGCAUUCACACACAGAAAAGUCGAUGUGAUUGGGUAUUCAUUGGGGUCUCCGAUUGCCAGAAAGGCGAUUCUUGGUGGAGCUUGUGUCGAUACUGGAGAAAAUCUUGGACCAUCAUUGACUGGACUCAUUGACACUUAUGUUUCGGUGGCUGGUGCAAACCGUGGUUCGUUCCUCUGUGCUCUACCAUUCCCAGGUGCUUGUAACAUGAAAAAUGGACUAUCGUGUAUGUCGGAAUACAUCAAGGAUAUCAACUCAAGACCCCGCUACGAGGGAAAAUAUAUUUUCUCCAUUUACGGACCAGGAGACGAUAAAGUUGGAUAUCGCAAUACGUGUGGGCAACUCUGUUCCCAGAUCGCCGGAGCCAAUGGAGAAUUCGAGCGACCUGGAAACCACGACGACGUUCUUAUCAAAACAGCCGCAUUGCAGUUCAAACUUAUCGAUCAACAUGCUGGAUGA